ACUGGAUCUCGGAAAUAGCAACCAAACUUUUUACAAUAGAAAUAACCUGGAAAUGUUGUAAAAGUACUCGCAAUUAUUUCGAAAAUUUUACCGCAUCUCUAGAUUAUCAAAACGAGCUGCUGAUUGCUUGUUAAGCAUUGACGUCAAAAUUUUCUUCGAUUGUUCCACCAGUGAACAUACCUCGUCAACCAAUUUACCCAUAUGACUGCGCUAACCGUUGACUAUCCCCCCGACUGUCAUCGUUUCACCUGCAUCUACCAUUCGCACAAACACACAUUCCGAAGCAUAUCCCGGUGUGAGUGUACGAUGCUCUCCUACACCUCCUGUCGUGGUGUUGCAAAGCGAAAACUAAACGAGCCUAGUGAAGUGAUGACUUUUUCACCCUCCGGAAAAAACAGUCAAUUUUUGGUUCAAUUUUCACUAAAUAACGCCCUUUAUUGAAGCGCAUUGCAGUCCCCGGAGUAGGUGCUAUCCGGAGACGUUAUCCCGAACAGGGCGCCUACCGUCGUCGCAACGAAAAAACAAAUAAGAAGGUGUAAUUUUCUAGCUCAACAAAGACUGAAUCAUUCCUUUCGGGUAGGUGAAAAAGAACGAGUUGAUGGGACGUAACAGCUGAGGAAGGAAGGGACGAGGCUUCCACAGUCGUGUCAGAAAGAAGAGGCUUAGCCACACAUUGAGUGAGAGAGGUCAAGGGAAAACAAAAUUUACCCUCAUCGCGCCUUCCGCUCCUUUUUUUUCUGGAGUGAACGAUGUUUCUUGUGGUGUGUUGGUGUGGAAUAGUGAAAGCAUCUUCAGUCAAGGAAUUUUCGGAGACUCCGGUCUUGUUUCCUAAUUGAUUAACUAUGGCUUUUCGGAACUUUGAAGACAAAUGUGAAUUUGAAUUUUAGCAUUGAGCGUCGGAUUUUGCCAGUUAGCUGAAAAUUGAGGCGAGUGUGAACAUCUUGCUUCCAGUACUAUUUCCGAAGAGGAAAUUGAAACGUGUUACGAAGCAGGUAGAGGCUAUUUUAGUAUCGAUUUUUUCACUACAAACAUCCGGAGAGCAAUUAUGUCGAACCACAUUCAUACUCAAAGUGCCGAUGCCGCACUGAUUGCACAAAUGCAUCAGAUGCGACUGGAAGGAAAUGCUUCAGGGUCAAAUACAGUCCGAAUGGUGCCUCCGCAAACAGCGGUUCUUCAGGGUGUCCCGAGGGGUCAGAAUUAUGGACAAAUUCGAAUGGAAAAUCAUUACGUUCCUGUAUCAACUGGAAUUGGACCAGGUAACGUAGUGAUCAUGAACGAUCCCCGUAUCUAUGAAAAGUAUCAAAAUCCCAUGCUAGCCGCAGCAGCUGGUAGAAAACCAGGUGACAUUGCGCAUGUGGGAUACUAUCGGGUGAGCAAUAGCCCCACCCAUUCAUUAGGAGGAUCAUCACAUCAUUCCGGAGGUGGCGGAAGCCCACGUUCUAUCGGGCAACCACCAGCACAGUACUACGAUCCUCGCUAUCAGGCUGUAUACGAAAAUAUAGACUACUAUAGCCCUACGCAACCACAACAAGUAGACAGUUUAAUGUACGAGAGAAAGUUUGAAUCGAGCAAUGUCAAAGCGCAGCCUCAAGUUCCAGUCGGGUCUAACCAUCCACAGCUGCCAUCUAAUGGAGGUGGUAGUCGUUACGCUCAUACUCCACAGCCGCCUGACCUACACGAGCAACCUCCGAUUUAUGAAAAUCUUCACAGCGCUUCUGGACAGCAAGCUCAACCGCAAGCUUCUAAAGCUUCCACGCAAAUAUACUAUCAUCGCAGUGAAGCUAACAGUCCUCAGGUACCUCACAACCAACCAUAUCACACCGGUGAACUACCGAUCUACGAAACCACUGUCGUGAAUCCCAGUGCAACAUCAAGAUACGUUUCGGUUGGACAAGGAGCUUCCACUGGAACAUAUCAACAUUCUCCAACGAGCAGUAACAUAUCGUUGAAAAUCGCCCAACAGCCUCAGCCCGUUCAAUUGCCGAAUGUAAAGUACCAUGCUACGGGAGUUCCAAUUUCUGCUGCCCUUCCGUACGACUAUCAGAUGUCCGCCAAACAACAAACCGGAGCUCCAUCAUUGCCACCGAAAUCAUCCGAAGCCAUGAAAUCACAACAAACCAAAAUCAACUCUCCAUCACGAAGCAGCUCCAUCUCCGGGUCGAGCUCCCUAAACAAAUCGUUCGUCGAAGACAUCAAUGGUUCGGAUUACGUCUGCAUGACCGGUGGCAGCAAAUACCAACAACGGCAAUAUUCGGCUUCCCCACAGCCACCGCCUCCUCAGCAAUCGGUCAAGCCAUUCAUGACGGCCGUUUCCGGAACGACCGGGCAAGGUAAUACAUCCUCAAAUCAUGAACGUCACUACGCAACUCUUCGCGAAUUGGAUAACGGUGGAGCAACAAACGCAGCCGGUAAGCCAAUGCCGUUAGGAUCGAAUUCAGCCCCAGGCAGUAAACCGAACAGUGCGCAGAGUUCGUUCUCCGGUAUGCCACCAACGACGACUAGUAGUAACAACCGAAAUACAUCAGCCGUAUCACCCACACCGUCACAGCUAAGCACUGGAAGUGGAUCCGGUAAACGCUUAACAAAGAAUUUGCUGCCGUACAAUGUCACGCCACCCCGUCCAACUGGUCCAACCGAGGCGGAACGUAAAAUCGAAGAACUCACCCGGCAGCUCGAAGAAGAAAUGGAAAAGAAUGAAGAGCAGGGUGAAUAUUUCGGAAUCUGCCACACAUGCAAAGAAAAGGUAACCGGUGCCGGAGCGGCCUGCCAAGCUAUGGGUAACCUGUACCACACCAACUGCUUCAUCUGUUGUUCCUGUGGGCGUGCCCUUCGGGGUAAGGCUUUCUACAACGUACACGGUAGGGUGUACUGUGAGGAGGACUACAUGGUAAAUUCUAUAUUUUGUGAGAAACUCCACGGUACCAUGGAUCUUUCGCCUUUCCAGUACUCCGGAUUUCAACAAACAGCAGAAAAGUGUGCCAUCUGUGGGCACCUUAUUAUGGAGAUGAUUCUGCAAGCGAUGGGAAAAUCCUACCACCCGGGCUGCUUCCGGUGCUGUGUAUGCAAUGAGUGCCUCGAUGGAGUGCCAUUCACCGUCGACGUGGACAACAAGAUCUACUGUGUUAACGAUUAUCACAGCAUGUUUGCCCCCAAGUGCGCCAGCUGCGGAAAAGGAAUAACUCCAGUAGAAGGAACGGAAGAAACUGUACGGGUAGUUGCCAUGGACAAAGAUUUUCACGUAGAUUGUUACAUCUGCGAGGAAUGCGGAAUGCAGCUAACGGACGAACCAGAUAAACGGUGCUAUCCGUACGAGGGAAGGCUAAUGUGUCGUUCCUGUCAUAUUCAAAAAAUAUCGCAGCAAGAUAUGCACGGGAGAAUUGUUGAGCCAGUCUCGGCUACCUAUCAAUAUAUGGGUUAAGGGAUGUGCCUCUACUUCCAGAAAACAACUAUCGAAUAUUAUUAGAACUAUUUCAACAGCUGGCUGGAAACUUUUCGAAUUGGAUUGUGAGUUGAACAGAAUAGAGCACUGCCAACUGAACAAACGGUGUGAUCAAACCUCAAUAAACAAAAAUCAGUUUUACGUCUCAAAGAGAUGCAUGCUUUUAACCAGAUAUUCAAAGGUGAAAAUUCAAGGCAAAAUUCUAAUUAUAAUCAUUAUACAAGCAUCUUGUCACUAUAACCAUUACAAUACAAUAUAUCUGUACUCUCUAACCACUCCUCGUACUUUUAAAUAACACAACAAUGUAUCGGAAUUGGUCAUUCUUUAUCAAAGCGUCUGUGUUUACGAUAAAAAGACAUUUUGCAAUUACAAAACAUUCCAAACGCUGCCAAUCCGACGAAAUCGAUUGGCAGGGCUUAGUUCAUUGCUGUCGCAUGCACAAUACUGCAAUACAAUACAAGACAUAAUCCAUUGUCAUCAUUACAUGCUUAUUUUUAGGGCGUACCUUUUAAAAUUGUAAUUAUUGAAAUAAAAUUUAU